GUUUGAAUAACAAGAAAGAGCAGGACGCACGUCGAAUUGACUCAACUGCGCCAAUCGCUCCCCUUAAUUUACUGGACCGCAGUGCUGAACACCUUGACCAAUUUUGUCAAAAUGAAGAUUCUCACCACCCUGAUGUAUAUUUUUGCUGUUGGAACUGUAACCUCCAGCAUGGCUCAAACACGAUCUGAAAUCGACUUGCGGACCUUUUUGCCAUCCUUUGCAAGUCGAUUGAGGCUUCGACUUAAAGACGACUCAUUUUUCAAGGAUGAAAGUGCAAGACAAGCCGCGAGGGAAAGGUGUGAGAAACAUGGUGGACCCUUCGCAUUCAGCAAUGCCACUGCAGCCCUGGAAGACUUUCGGAACUCUCUAGAGUUAAUAGCAAACGACACAAUAAAGAGUGCUAGACUAAAUUUUUUGCAACCACUAAACGAUCGGGAUGAAUUCGCUAAGAUUUGUAGCUUCAGCCAAACUACGAACACCUUAGUCAACCUGUUGCUGGAAUCAAGCAAGCCUUGUUUGACACAAAAAGAACAACAUAGCGCCGGUACAUUAGUUAACAUGACGAUUUCUACGACGAAUUAUAUAUGCAAAAACAACGGAAGUCGUUUACUUUCAUUUUGGAGGGAUCAUGGCGUUGAGUGUGCAAUGAAGAAGAGCAGGGCUAUGGAAAAUUGUAAUCGAGUAGCUCGCCCUGUCCAUAUACCGUCUGACAACCAUACAGCUGUCGAUAGGUUUAACCUACCGUGGAUUGUUCCAUCAAGUUAUAACGUGGAAAUAUGCAGGCGCAUCGAUUCGUUUUUUACCUGCGUUCUCGAGCAGUUGCAAAGUUGCGAGCAGCCAACGACUUACAAAGUUGCUAGCGACUUCGUCAAUCAUUAUGAAGAAACAAUAGGUUGCAAGAACUUACCGAAAGCGAAGACAUCGGCAACUGCGUAAGCCAUUGGGGUUGGAAACGCUGGUAGUGACAAUCUAAUUAGUGAUUUCGACAGUAACCAGGAUGUGAUAUAAUCGUGUGGGACUGACCGAGUUCUUGGGCCUAAUAUUUCAUACUCUGCCCAAUCACUUUAUUGUGAAUAUUCUAAUGCAAAUGUUUGACGUAAAAACAAUAAUAAAUGUACC